GUGCGGGUUUAAGUACUAGCAAAUCAGUUUCAUCUUGUACGUGUACAUUCUGUUGUUUAGAGCAUCGAUGCCAACAUGACAGUUCCAGAUGGCACCAAACAAUGAGUGUCAUAGAGUACUCAACAUGAAGCUAGAUCCGAGCACGGAGGUGCGCUACUGGAACCGCAGGGAGAGGCAGCUGUGGACGGCAUGCCUGUUCACAGGUUCUGCAGCAGUCUACUGCUGUCGCUCGGCGAUGCCACUCUGCGUCGUUGAAAUAGAGGAGGAAUACAGCUGGUCCAAGACGGACACCGGAACAAUACUCGCUUCGUUCUUCUGGGGUUAUUCCAUGACACAGGUCCUGGGUGGGUAUAUCAGUGACAGACUAGGCGGAGACAAAGUUAUACUAGCAGCAGCACUCGUGUGGUCUCUUGUUACCUUCUGGACUCCUUACCUAGUGCAGCUAAAUUCAAAUAGCAGUGUACGCUUUGUCAUACUAGUCCUAUCCCGUGUUGUUAUUGGAGCAGCUCAGGGUAUGCACUUUCCAAGCGUAAGCAGUCUCACCGCGGCCAAGGUGUCGGAGAAAGAACGAACAUGGGUGUUCACAUUCCUAAUGUCGGGCUCACACAUGGGCACCAUUCUGGCGGGCAGUGUUGGUUCGUUCGCUCUGCAUCACUUCAGUUGGCAGGCCGUGUUCCACCUCAUGGGGCUGUGCGGAGUCGGCUGGGCCAUCUUUAUGCGUGUUCUCGUGCACAGGGAGAGGGAGAAGGCACGUGUGCUCUCGCUGGAGGCGAGCGUCCUCUCUGAGAAGCAGACAACAAAGCAGGAGGUGCUGGUGCCAUGGCUCAAGCUGUUCCGCUCUCCAGCGUUCUGGUCGAUCGUAGUCGGACACUUCUGCCAGGCGUACUGCUUCUUCAUGGUGUACUCGUGGAUUCCCACCUACUUCCACGAACGCUUUCCCGAGGGCAACGGCUGGGUGUUCAACGUGUUGCCCUGGCUGGUCAAGGUGCUGUGCAUCAUCUUCGCCGGCUGGCUGGCCGACAGGCUGCUCAAGUCGGGAUGCUCGGUGGCGUUCACACGCAAGCUGAUGGAGACAAUCGGUACGAUCGGAUCAAUGGCGUUUCUCAUGUCGCUGAGUCACGUGAGCGGCUACACUAGCGCCCUCGUCUGCAUCACCGGCUCGAUGGCGCUGCUCGGCUUUCACAACAGCGGCAUCAUGUGCAACCCGCACGACAUCGCUCCCAAGUACGCCGGCUCUGUGUUUGGGGUGAUGAACAUGGGAGCGGCCAUCCCCGGCUUCAUCGGCGUCUACAUCGCUGGCUACCUGCUCGACACAACGCAGAGCUGGGAGCUGAUCUUCAACUCCACGUGCGUCAUCAUGUUUUUCGGAUGGCUGGUGUUCGUUAUUUUUGGAAGUGGCAAGAGGAUAGUAGACUAAAACUAGUUUGUCUUCACCUCUGCCAUUGAUCCGGACGAUAGUUAAAGAGUGGGACCAUGGGAGCAAGUAUUACUAUCAACAGUGCUUAUAAAUAGUGAUGGAAUUUAGUUUAUUUAAAUACCAUUUCAAAAUAACUAUAUAAGUAUUUGUUACAAAUUCCUUGAAAUUAUAUCAAACUCUUGUACAUACACACAUAGAAGUGGAAGUAUGUAUGUGGAAUGACCAUGUAUGAAAUAUGAAGUUUAAUAUUCAGUAAAUGCUGUAUUUAUUGC